AAGGCAAGAGGAUCACAUCUUGCUGUUGAAAAUUCAGGCAGCCUGGAUUUCCUCAUGGACCACCACCAGCUCAGGGUUCAACACUGAGUUGUUAACAGAGUGCUAAUAUGAGCAUGGUCUUCUCUGCAGGAGAAGAGGACACCCGCCCAUGGAUGUAAAUAACGUGGGGUCUGCUUUCAUGCUUAUUAAUGCUUGUUGGGGUUUGACUUGGUUUCUGCUGAGAGAUUAUUUACCCUCUGGAGGAUCUGUUGGGACUCCUUGUCACAUCAGUUCUUGGGUGGAGCUUGCAGCAACUUGGGACAGUCUGUGUGUACAAGACUGACGAUAAAUAACUCAAGCACUGUGGAGGGAUGGAAACUGCAGCUGAGAAAUGAUUUUGGGGGAAGGAAGAGAGAAAAGCAUAAGCAAACUGUUACGGAAGUACAAAUAAGCCAUCUAAAGGAUCAGCAGAUGUACCAGCUAUGAAGGGUGGCUGUAGUCCCAGGGAGGGAGAUUUCUCUUCAGAGAAAACCUGUUAACCAUUUGGAGGGAGUACAUGAGAGGAAGACGGAGUUCUUUCAAAACACUCUAUUUCAGGUUUAGUCUCCCAGUGCAGAACAUCUUUGGUGAUCUGGAAGGCUGUUUCUAAUAGAAAUGGAUAACUUUACAAACGGGCAGCCAGGCCCGGGUCAGAGGAACAGGUUGAUAGGAUUGCUAGAAACAGAUGACAGUAUCCCAGAAGAUAAACCUACAUCUAGUAAAAAGGAAGAACGACCAGGACAUGGCAAGAAAGGGGAGCUACGGCCCUUGGAGACACCUUACCAGAAGGAGAGCAGUAACUUCCCUCCCAGAGUCAAGAUUAACCUGAAUUAUCGGCCAGGACUGGUCAGCAACCAAAAGGACCCCAAUCGCUUUGACAGGGACAGACUCUUCAGAGCAGUCUCCAGGGGCAGCCCUGAGGCACUGGAUGGUUUACUCGAAUACUUGAGGAGGACUUCCAAAUUUCUCACCAAUUCUGAAUACACAGAUGCAAAGACUGGGAAGACCUGCUUAAUGAAAGCCCUGUUCAACUUAAAGAAUGGAAAGAAUGACACAAUCCCACUUUUGCUGGAAAUAGACCAAAAGACACAGAAUCCCAGGCCACUUGUCAAUGUGACAUGCUCUGAUUGUUACUAUGGAGGCCAGACAGCACUCCAUAUUGCCAUAGAGAAAAGGAGCCUAGAUCUGGUGAAACUGCUAGUAGAGAAUGGAGCUGAUGUCCAUGCCAGAGCCCAUGGUGAAUUCUUCAGGAAGAAGAAAGAAGGAGUUUAUUUUUAUUUUGGUGAACUUCCCCUCUCCUUGGCUGCUUGUACCAACCAGCUUCAGGUAGUGGAUUAUCUCCUAAAUAAUCCCCACCAGAAAGCCAGGCUUCAGGAGCAGGAUACACAGGGCAACACUGUCCUCCAUGCCCUGGUGAUGAUUGCAGAUGACACUGAGGAGAACACCAAGUUUGUGAGCACCACCUAUGUUGAGAUCUUGAAGGCAGGUGUGAAGCUUGACCCAACGUGCAAACUGGAGGAGAUAGUGAAUUAUGAUGGAUUAAAUCCUCUGCAGCUUGCUGCCAAGACAGGCAAAGUGGAGAUCUUCAAGCACAUCAUCCAAAGAGAGAUCAAAGACCCAGUGUACAGACACUUGUCACGCAAGUUCACUGAAUGGACCUAUGGACCUAUCCAUGUGUCUCUCUAUGAUCUGUCCUCUUUAGACAGCUUUGAGGAGAACUCUGUGCUGGAGAUCCUGGCAUACAGCAGUGACACACCAAAUCGGUACAAGAUGGUGGUUUUGGAGCCACUGAAUAAACUGCUUCAGCAAAAAUGGGAAACAUUUGCUUCCAAGAGAUUCUACUUCAGUUUUGUCUCAUACUUGUCAUUCAUGAUCAUCUUCACAGCCAUUGCAUACUACCAGCCCUCACGGGUUAAGCAACCUUCAUUUCCAGUGGAGUUCACAGCUGGAGGCUUCCUGUGGGUGUCUGGACUGAUCAUUAUCUUGCUAGGAGGCAUUUAUCUUAUUUUUGCUCAGAGUCUGUACUUGCGGAGGAGACGCCAGUCCCUGAAGACAAUGUGUUCUGACAGCUGCAUUGAGAUCUUGAUCUUCAUCCAGGCUUUCUCAUUGCUGUUGUCAGCAGUCCUGUAUGGUGCAAGUUCAGAGAACUACGUGGUAGUGAUGGUGUUCUCCCUGCUGCUGGGCUGGGUGAACACGCUCUAUUACACCCGGGGCUUUCAGCGCACCGGGAUCUACAGCGUCAUGAUACAGAAGACUAUCCUGAGAGAUCUGCUGCGUUUCCUCUUGGUUUAUUUGAUCUUCCUCUUUGGCUUCACUGCAGCUCUGGUUACGCUGAUGGGGGAUGCUCCUCUGGUCUCUCACAACAAGUCUCUUGCUCAGAUGGAGAGCACUGGGAACCACGCUAUGUAUGGUGGGCUGCUUAGUGUCUCCCUGGAGCUCUUCAAGAUCACUAUUGGGAUGGGUGACCUGGACUUCCAGGAACAUGCCAGAUUCAGAUACCUUGUCAUGCUUCUGCUGCUUCUCUUUGUGAUCCUCACAUACAUUCUUUUGCUCAACAUGCUGAUUGCACUCAUGGGUGAGACUGUCACAGCUGUUUCUGGUGACAGCACACAAGUCUGGAAGCUGCAGAGGGCUAUUGCCAUUCUAGAAAUAGAGAAGUCCUGGCUCUGGCGCCAAGGUGGGAAGAGGAGAUCUGGCUGCUUCGUGUCAGUGGGCCUCAAUAAGAAAGAUGAGAGAUGGUGUUUCAGAGUAGAGGAAAUUAAAUGGACAAAUUGGGCAAAGGAUGGGGGAGUUCUUAAGGAAGACCCUGGAAACACCAGUGAUUCAGAAAUAAAUCCAGAAGCUUCCUGCUGACAAGGGCUGCUGUUUUUGUGUCUCCAGCUGUAGAGACAAGAUCCUGGAAACAAACACCACAGAAACAACUGAGAUCAACUGUUCCAGAGGAGCAGUCACUGUUACAGCCCCAGCUCUCAGCAACUGAGAUGAUGCCUCUAGAGGGACAAACCAGAAAUCUUUAGCAGGUUUUUCUGGAUUGCAACUUUGCUUCUAACUUCAAAGGAAUAGUUCUUCCUAUAGUGGCUGGAAGAAUCAAAGGCAUUAUCAGUACUAAAAUGCAUUUCAUUGAAGACUGUGGUUCAGCCUGUGGCUUAAAGUAUUCUUCUGCACUUUAAUCAUUAAUUUCCUCUGAAGAAACUAUUUUUACUCAACUUUUUCUGCCUGCCACUUUCUUAUUACUCUGCCUAAAGGUACAAGAGCAAGACCAUAGGGGCAGUGGGGAGUGGUUUGGGGGAAGGCAGUGCUUUCUGAGCUGUGUACAAAUAAUGCUAUUUGCCAUAGAGAAGCAAAAGAUGGAGUGACAUGUCUUCCAAUGGGUCUUCCAUUAUUCUUCUGUCACAAGAGACUGCCCUUUAGUACUUGGGAAUAAAGAGAGUUGUAGAGGCAUAAAAAGUUAAGGAUGGAGUUGUCUUCUGUGAAACAUUGUCAGUGUUAAGUCACAAGUGGACAACUACUCAGUCAUCAAGAGGUCAUCAAGAUCCUUACUGAGUCUUUGUGUCAGUGCCUGCAGUGCUUGGUGUUCAGCCCACAUCCAAAUUCCCAUUUUACAAUAUUACAAUGAAAUCGUUUGCACAAUGUGCACAAUCACUUAAGAGCACAAAAGAGAUGUGGAUUUCCUGGAGCUGUAACCCCACGUGGUGAAUUUCUGAAACAUCUGUCUGUCAUGGGUUGCUCUGUCUCUGUAGAAAACAGCAGCAGAAUCCUACAUGUGGCUUCUGAGGGACAGAUGGGACAAAAAGCAUGGUGCAGUCAGUAUUUCCUGUCAGUCUUGGUGGGCAUCCUGUCUUGCUGUAAACUAUUACAGGGACCUCAUUGCUUUUUUUAGGUGCACACUGCCUGCAGCAGGAUGGGAAGCAUGCUUCAACCUUUGUGGACAAGAGAUAAAAAUGAGUUGUCUCACUUUUCAGUUUAUAUUUAAAAAUAAUAUGUAUUUCUGUAAACUAUCAGUAUAGCAAGUUUAAUUAACAGAAAUUGUUAAUCCUU